GAGCAACACUGAGGGUGAGAGAGCAGCUGUGCUGAGCUUUGGGUAUAACAUCUGCUUCCAGAACUUAUCGAUCAUUUACAGCAAGUUUCCAAAUGGCUUUUAACAUAACUCACCCAACAUCAAGCCCUGAGAGAUACUCGAACAGCAGCCGAGUGGAUUUCAAUGAAUGCCCUUCAUCUGAAGCUUGGGAAUGGCUCUAUAUGAUGCAACCAGCAUUCAUGGCAUUUAUCUGUGUUGCGGGUACAAUAGGCAAUGUGUUUGUCCUGUGUGUAUUCUGCUUCCACAGGAAGAAAUGCUCAGUAGCAGAGAUCUACCUCAGCAACCUUGCAGUCGCAGACUUGGUAAUGGUGUCCUGUUUGCCUUUUUGGGCUGUGACUAUAGCCAAUGAGUUCAACUGGAACUUUGGUGAUUUGCUCUGCCGACUGGUAAAUGUAGCAAUCUCAAUGAACUUAUUCAGUAGUAUACUGUUCCUGGUUUUGGUCAGCAUCGACCGCUAUCUGGCCUUUGUAAGACCUAUGACUGCUGGCAGAAUGAGAAGAGCAACCUGGGCAAAAAAAAUCAGCCUUGGCAUCUGGAUCACUAGUUUUCUGUUUAGUUUGCCCGUCCUGAUAUUCCGCUCUGUGAAGUACUUCCCUGAGUUUAAUGCACUUGCAUGCUACCUGGCUUACCCACAUGAGGGAUGGAGAGUCAGACACAACCUAAUCAUUAAUAUAGUAGGUUUCCUCAUCCCUCUUGUGGUCAUUUCCUUUUGCAGUUAUCAAAUAAUCCAGACUUUAAAGAAGAACGAAAUGAAACAAUUCUCUGCUGCAAGAACUGAAAGGAAAGCCAGCAUUUUAAUUCUUGCAGUUGUCCUGGUCUUUUUGGUCUGCUGGGUUCCAUUCCACAUUGUGAUGCUCCUAGACACGCUCUUUCACUACCAAGCCAUUUCAGGGUGCCAUUGGGAAGACAUACUUGAUGUUGGAGAGCAGAUAUCUACAUAUUUGGCAUACAGCAAUAGCUCUCUAAAUCCAAUCCUUUAUGUUAUUGUUGGAAAGCAAUUCAGGAAAAAAGCUAAAGGAUUGUUCAGACAAAUAUCAAGCUGGGAUGUAAAAGGUAAAGUGUCACAAGUAUCAAAAUUUACUUCAACCCUAAAAUACUUUGAAUCCACUCAAGUAUGAUAUGGGCACUGUAACAAUAAUUUAAUAAGGCACAGUUGUUGAAGGUAAACACUACUUAAUUUAUGUAUUUUUAUAUGUUGUUAAAAUGAAUGCUAUGGACGAUUAAGUUGCCUUAUUUUGAUGACACUGUUGUCUACAUGUGAGAGAGAAUUUAUAAUAUUAUGUAGCAUUUUACUUAAAUUAAGUGUUAUAUUUGUACAGUACAGAAGAUUUGUAUUUAUUGCAAAGAUUAUGAGAAUUUUAAUGAAUACUGUCAUGACAUAAUGAAUUGAAAUGUAUUUGGUUGUAUGAGGUGCAAUCACAGCCUUUAAAAUACUAAUAUCUUAAUGGACUUCUCUCUUUAAAACCACUCGAUGUUGUACUAAUUUGAGACAAUUACUAAGUGACAUGUUUAGCUGUGAAUUUGCUUAGGCAAGCCAGUGACACUGAGCAAAAAGAAACAAGAGUUGGUUUAAAGAUACUGUAUUUGGGGACAUGGUGGAAUUUAUAAAGGUAUAUUUCUGUUCAAAUAGUAUGUAUUCUAAUACAUAAAAUGUGAAUUCUUGUGUUUUGCCAAAAAUAGAUUUUUUAUAUAAAUCUAUUUAAAGAUUUUGGCAUUGAUUGCUGAAAGAUAUCUGUGAAUUUUAUUAUGUUUUUCUCUAACUUUAACAGUUUUAUUUUUCACAUAAUGCUAUAUGGUGAGCAAAACCAUAUUUUAUUAGUAACAGUUCCAUUUGGACACUGAAUGAUUUUUAUGUACUGAAAACAGCCUUAAGAUGUGGUUUAUUCCUUUAUUUUUCCAUUUGUUUCUUUGACUGUGUAAAAUAAGCUACAUUUUGAAAGUCAAAUUAAAAGGUCUUUUUGCCUACACAUAUAUUGCAGCUACUUAAAUAUUUCACUUGGAUGAAACGUUUAGCAUUAGAAAAUAAUCUUCUGUUAUAACUUACAGAAUUGCAAUAUGUUGCUGUACUUUUGGCAUUUUGAUAAUUUAUACAGGCAUUUUACAUCUGUAGCACAGUUGGUUGGAAUUUCAGUCCACCGAGGCCACAGGCUUCUGGUUUUCAUUCAAUCUCAGAUCUUAAUCUCAUAACUAAUGUAAUAGCUUGGCUAUAAAGUCUGAUUAGUUUUUUUCUGCUGAAUUUCUUCUGUGGUUAAUUCAAUGAUACUGUAAAAACUACAGGAUCCAGGGCACUUAAGGCCUGGGGUACCUGCAAAUCUGUCCUCUGCAUUCUGCCUGUAAAACAGUUAUUAGAAAGGUAUUCCAUGUCAUCUUUCUGUUAUUGUACAAUGUAUAAAUAAA